GAAGUCUCAUCAACUUAAUUGCAUUGUAUGAGCAGCUUGUAGAGUCUACUGUAGGCAGACGGUUGAGUGUCUCCCUGUUGGCCUUCAUACUGUAUUUGUCAGUAUUGACACGUUGUUUGCAAGGGCAGGGGGGCUGAUCUCUGCCUCCAGAGGUCAUUCUCACUAUAGUUGCCACUUGUUGCCAAGAGCAGCUCGGGGUCCCACUGUUCAACACCAAACACAUUUCAAGGACUAUUUAUUCAGCAGCUACCGACACCUACAUAUCUGAAUGCGGAACGUUGCCAGGACUGAAAGAAGACUUUUGAUCCGGUUGAUAUUUCGGCGCAUCUGACGGAGAGAAGCAUGGUUGAUAACACAAGUAUAGCAACUAAAUCUGCUUUGCAAGGCUCUCUCUCGUCUGCCAGCAGCCUUCCGCUCCAGGCUCCCUCCGCCUCUUCGCACAGCCCGUUCCCCGGCGCCCAGUCCCACCAACCCGGCAGCGGCGGCAUGAAGCUCGAGGCGGUCAUGGAGAACCUGCAGCGGCAACAGGCAGCGCGGCUAGCCCUGGAGGAGAAGCUCCGGCAGGCGGAGACAGAAAAAGACCUCCGCUCCAUGGUGGAGUCCCAGAUACACCAACAAGCUCUUGCUUUCCGCCACUACCAGGCAGCGAUGCGAGGCGCACUGGCCGCCGGAGUUUCCAACUCGUCCUCUGGAGUGACGCUCCCACACACGGAGGUCCGGAGAGCCGACGAGGACGGACCGGGCAGCAACGAUAAGGAGCGGGGCGAGGAGGGAGAUGUUAUGCAUGAGCAUGAGAUGAAUGAAGAAGAGGACGAAGACGAUAUCAGAUUGAGCCACUACCAACACCGACAGUCUUCAUUCCAGGGUGCCUGCAUGCUUCCGCAGAGCGCCCCGAUGCAUCUCAUGGCCAGAGUCCCGGCGGCCUUCGACCCGGCCUGCCGCACACAGUCUCCAUCGUCGCAUCCCCAGUCCCAGCACCAUGAGUGGACCUACGAGGAGCAGUUCAAACAGUUAUAUGAACUUGAUGAUGACGAAAAGCGCAAAGAGUUUCUUGAUGACCUUUUCAGUUUCAUGCAGAAACGGGGGACUCCAGUGAAUCGGAUUCCUAUCAUGGCCAAGCAGGUGUUGGAUCUCUACAUGCUCUACAAGCUCGUCACAGAAAAAGGCGGCUUAGUGGAAGUCAUCAAUAAGAAAAUAUGGCGUGAGAUCACCAAAGGCCUUAACCUCCCUACCUCCAUUACCAGUGCAGCAUUCACUCUCCGAACACAGUAUAUGAAGUACCUCUACCCCUAUGAAUGUGAAAAGCGGGGACUGAGUUCCCCUGGUGAGCUUCAGGCAGCUAUCGACAGCAACCGGCGGGAAGGCCGUCGGCAGAGCUACGGCUCUGCCAUCUUCAAUUACUCUCCCGUGGGCACCCCCACCCUCCUGUCAUCUCCAAAGAUACAGCUGUCCCACCUAUCUAUGCCCACUCACAACAGUGGUCAUAUCUCCCAGGUGCCUGUCAUCAAGAAAGAGGAGCCCAUGAUGGCCAGCUGCCUGCCCAGCCGAGGGGCCCUCUCAAUGUUACCCAGCAGCCAUCGCGCAGCAGCUGUGGCCGCCCAAGCAGUAGCAGCCCAGGCAGCAGCGGCUGUCCAGGUAGCAGCCUUGGAGCAGCUCAGAGAGAAGCUGGAGAGCAGUGAACCACCAGAAAAGAAGAUGAUGUUUGUGGCAGAGGAGCAGCAGAGGAUUGUGCAGCACGCCCUGCAGCAGAACCUGCUGGCAAUGGCCACCCAGCUGCCCCUUAAUAUCAAACUCAACAACAGAGAUGAUAGACAAGAGACCGCAUUGAACCUGUCUACCAGCGGCAUUAGCAGCAUCAACAUGUCAAUAGAAAUAAAUGGAGUUGUCUACACAGGAGUCCUGUUUGCUCGUCAGUCAGCCAUAGCAGCAAUGACAGGACACCAUGGGAGACACAGUAACUGUCAGACUCAAGGAAGGACGAGUCCCACACAGUUCCAGCCCUCCUGUUCCUCCUCAUCCUCCUCCUCUUCCUCAGUCCACGGGCACAGAAACUCCUCCCCCUGAGUUUCACCCUCACUUCCUCUUUUCACCUCAUCAGGCAGAGGAUCUAUUUUCUUCUCAAAACCACAAAGCAGUUGGAGACAUCAUCAUCAGAUAAACUGCAGUUGUUUUUGAAGGUGGUUUCUCUCUCCAUCCACUUGAUCAGAUUCAUUGUUGGUCAGCUAACAACAGAUUGAGAAGCAGCAAAUUUGUAUUUACAAACAGAAUACUUUACCAAAGAGAUCUACCCACCCCCUUAUCCCUGGUCCUUCUGCUCUGAAUUAGCAAUGUGUUUCGAGGACAUUUAAUCUUUGUGUGUUACCAUUGUUUUUCAUGUAUUCAAAGGCGUCAGUUCAGUGUGGAACACUUGAAAAGCGUGGUUGUCCACCAUAAGGUGCAACCUGGAUGAACCCAAAUGAAGACUUCCUCUUGUGCAUCAAUCAAAACAUGAACAAUUAACCUUAAACAAGAAAUUACAGUUGUUGAUGAUGUUUGAAGGAUUACUGACAGACCUCAGAAACUCACUGUUUACAGCAGAUACCAAAGAAGAAAACAAAUCUAUGCUGAUUUAUCACAUCCAGCAUUUACACUGAUCUUAAGCGCCAAUGAUCAAACCUAAAGAUUAUAGCAGGAAUACAAACAGACAAAGCACAUCCGAUGGAAAUCAUCAUGUAUUGUAUAGAAGCUGUCAGACUGCUGAGUCAGUAUGGUCUCAUCAGAGACUUGUGACAAGUGACAAGCAAUGGAGCCAAGCAAACAAGGUUAAAGUUAACACAUAGCUCUAUUCACUUGUAACAAACAGUGUGUCUCAGUCCCAUAUUGUAUAGUAAUACUGUAUAUAUGUAAGUUAUCAAGAUCACAUUAACCACACAUCACUCCAACCCAUUCAGCCCAGAGUCCCAGACCCUGGCCCAGGUUUGCUGUGUGUCAUUAGUUUGUAAUCAUUUAAAACUUUGGAUGCAGUUUCCCUCUGCAAGAUGGGAUUUUUUUAUUGUGCUUUAGUGGUCAAGUACCAAAAAUGAUAAUGUAUCAAAUUACUCCAAAAUAGCUGUACAAUUAAUAACCUAAAUGUUAUAAACUAUAAAUGAACGUUGAUAGCACACAGUAUAAAAGAAAUUGAAGAACAUGUGGAAAUGCACAUGUGCACAGUCAACUAAGCUGAGCUCAGAACACCAUUGGAAAUUAGACAUCAUAGAUAUAUUACUUACACUUCAGAGAACCAUGGUUUUUUUUUGUGUGUGUGUGUGUGUGUGUGUGUGUGUGUGUGUGUGUGUGUGUGUGUGUGUGUGUGUGUUUUUUUUUACAUUAUCCCAGACACGAACUGGCAGACACCAAGAUUGCACCCAUUAAUUCAUAAACUUUACAUUUAGAUAAUGUCACACAUAAAUAAACAAAAAAAAAAGGUUUUCCAGGCUCAGGUAAGGAAAUACAUGAAAUGUUAUAUUUGUUAAAACAAAUAUUACAUAUAUAUAUAUAUAUAUACAGUAUACAGAUAUUGGUGGUAUAUGAGGAAGAAUUUUGGGCCACUGGAGACUUUUUAAAUGCAGUAAUGAUGUUGGCCACAGGGAUGUAAUGGCAGCAAGGCUUCUUGCCCCAAAAUUACGUUGUGUAUUGCAUUUUGGGACAUAAAAAAAAGCAUUCAAACAUUUUUUUGACACAGUAAGGAUUAGUUUAUAAUAUGAAUUUGGGACACAAUUAUUAUCUCCUGCAACAAAAUGAUAAUGGCUUUGGCCAGACUUUUCUCUAGAUGUGGUGCAGCGCUAAAACACAGUGUGGAGAAGGGUCUGGCAAUACGAGAUCACAUGAACACGUUGUUUUCAUCAUAGAAUAAAUUAUUAUCAUAAACAAGCUUGUUAGUCAAGACCACAGAAUAUCUUCCUUGACAAGAAUCUUGUUCUCUCUGCCUUCCAGAGUGUACAAAGACAAUGACAGGUUCAACUGACGUAAUGAUAAGCAUUGUUCCAGUCCAGUGCUUUCCUCAUUCAUGAUCGUAAAUAUUGCAAUCAACAUCAUUGCUCCACUGGUUGCGGUCAGACAUACUUACAAAAGUAUGUCAGAGCUGCAUCACAUGCGAUUGCAUUGUUCUUUAAAGAAAUUGACUAAAGCCAGGACCACCACCAUGUAGAAACCAGUGGCGGUAGUUAACAUAAUAAAACAGUAGCAAAAAGCUGAUUUGAUAUUGGCUGGGGAAAAAAUUAAUCAAGAGAGUCCUCACAUGGCAUUGAAUUGUUAGAGAAAUUACUGUGAAAGGGAAGAAUAGAGCACUUCAGCGUAUAGGCAGCAGGUGAAAAAAAAUACAGGAGAUGACAGCAGGACAUACAAAGACAUGAAGCCUAUAGGAAAUCACACUGUAGGUUUAUGUUGUGAAUAGUGUUGUUGUUUUUUUAAUGCACUUGUGUCUAACAUCAGAGAGCUUCUUUAAUUUUUCUCUUUUUUUCCCUCUGCUUUCAUGAAGAUAUUAACUAUUUUCUUUAUUGUUAGGGGAAAUUGUAACCAAUUGGACGAUUUAUGGAUUUUUAUUAAGUCUGUUAAAGCAUUUAAUUGCAGAUUUUAUUUAUUAUGUUUUAUAUUCGAUCCUGCAAACCGUGCAUUCAGCGCCACCAUUUUAUUUGUAAACCCUUUAUUAAAGUUUUCUUAAAUGCAGAUACCUCACCAGUCUACUUGUAUAUAGUCAUAGUAAAGCAUGAAUACAAGAUAUACCUCAUAAAUUUCAUUUAUUUGUAUUGUACACCCACUUGAAAAUCAAUGUUUUACUUCAACAGAUCACUGGAUUUUUUUUCUUUUUUCAUAUUUUGUAUGGUUAUACCAAAGGGAAUAUUUUAUUGAUACACAUCUACCUCAUUUGUUAUAAAAUGUGCCAAAAAGCAUGUCCACAAUCUCAAUUGCCAGUAUAUUAAUGGUGUUUCAUAUCCAUGUAUUUGUGUGAACACAAAAUGCUUUUCAGUCAAAGAAUAAAUAAUAGAUUAUGCUAGAGAAUUAAGCAACAAGUGCUUUUUAUGUUAGGUGUUGUGCCGGCACAACAAAACAGCCUUAUGUGAGACACAGUAGGGAUGCUUAUCAAAACAAAUCCAAUCUGCAAGAAAACAUGAACAUAAAGAGGAAGACAGCACCUCGUAACAACAGAUGCCAAUGACUGAUUUUAAAUUUGUCCUGUCAGCAAUGUGGCCCACUCACUACAUAUGUUAAUCACACUUUGAGAACCACAUUUAGUUGUGUGUUUAAAAAAAAAAAAACAAUAUAGGCAAUUAUAUUGGAUUUUUCUCAAACAUAGAUAUCAGUAUUAACCUAAAAAGAUCCAGUAUCGGGCAGGCUAUAGUCAAGAAUGAACUUCCCUGCUCAACUCUUCCUGUUGAAUCUCCUCUGUUACCAAUUUUGCAGUGCGCUUUCACCGCGCAGCUAAGCUCCAAUCUGCCAUUUUGGAAACGUAAAUGAAAGCUAAAAAAGUAUUUAGCUACAACAGGUGUGUGCAGGCCAUGUGAAGGAGGUUUUGUUUCAGGAAAUAAGCCAGCCUUCAGUAAGUGAAGAUGCACAUAGAAACAUGAGAACCCAUUCCAAAAAAUACUGGCAUCCUGCAGGUAUUUGUUUCCAGGAAAGAGAAUAGAUUUUGGGGAGAAUUCCUGGAAAAAAAAAUAGGUUUGCAAUUUCCAGUAUUCAACUAUUUGGUCUGUCAAUCUGUGUGGUCAAUAUUUACACUACUUACAAUACAUACAACUACUGGCCAGAGUUCUAUCAAUGUCAUUUUAACCAAAAACUCCUCCCAGUCUUUAUUCUGGCAACCCAAUCACUUCAACAGGCAGGUUAACAUUAUUUACUGAGCACAAUCAUGUUCCCCAGUGGAUGAACAUUUAGAGCUUCACUACUGAUAAAUCUCUAAGAACCGACUUGUUGUUUGUUUUUUGGAGUUGUCGUCUUCUUCUUCACUGUGAGGAAAUUUUCAUGCAGAUUGUUCACAGUUCUCGAUUUUAAAUGCUAUGACUGAUGACAAUGUAGUGCUCCAGGCUGAUUACUGGUGAUAAAGCUAAUAAUAUAUUGUGUUACUAUAUGUAUAGAUGGUCAUAUUGAAAUUGUACAAACACAAUCGUGCAGCAGAGGACAACCACAACCACAAGGUGGUUCUCGUGAUUACUUGAAAUGUGUUAUUUAGCAAUCAUCAAUUCUGCACGUAGAUACAGCAAAGGUCCAAGAAACUAAUCACUUCCUCAAGGGAGAUGGACUAGACAGAGCUCUCUAAUCUGGAAAAUCUGGAGCGUUGUUUCAGACAUGGUGUUACUCAUGUUGUCUUGAACUCGUGUCUCCACAGACCUUAAUAGAGUUGCAAAGUGGGAGAAGUAAUGUUAGGGAUCCAGGGUUCUAAAAGUAAAAGUCCAGUUUAAUUUCACUUUGUUAGCCAAGUCUCAGUUGGAACUAUUUAAGUCUCCUGGUUGAGUAAACAGUACAAAAAAAUCAAUUGUGUUUGUGCAAAUAUAAUUUUUCUGAUGAGAAGUCUAAGGACAUUACACUCUUUUUGUUGUACAUAAAAAAGAGAUGUCAACUACUCAACUUCCAAGGUACUUUUCGGUAAGAAACAUCCAAUGAUAGUGCAUGUUAGCUACACAUGCAAUGAAUCUAAGACUCAAAUUUACACUUUUAAGCAACCUUUUGUAAGUUAAUUUUGGAAACUAUCAACAUCAUCAUUUGUCAAUUGCCUAAAACCACAUAAUUGUUUUACAUGGACCCAAAACAGACACCUCAUGGUCAUGCAGCUAAUAUGUAUUUCUCAGACAAUCAAUUGUUUCCUAACUCUGACCUUUAUCAAGUAGUUCUAUUUUAACCAUGACCAUUAUUGUUCCAUAAAACGUAGACUUUUUGUAAUUUUGUUUUGGAAGACAUUGACAUAUAUGCACCCCACAAAUAGGGACAUUAGGGGAAAUAUUUAUAUGGGUAAUUUGGCAGACAAUGACAAAGUAGUUUAGUUGGAAAAAGACCUUGUGGAAUUUGUACCUCUGACUGGCUUCUUCUCCCCACCCAGGGUACCAAACGUCAACAAAGAAAGUUGAUUUAAUUGAAACUGAUGGCCAUCACAUAAACCUGACCAAUCAUUCAAUUGUCCAGGACUCAAUGUUUCUCAACACAAAAACACAGACUAUUAAAACCAAAUAGAGCAGGUAAACACUUCUAUAAGUAGCUCCCUCUCCCACUUCACAACUCUAUAGUAUACUCUCAUAAGAAGUGUCCCAUGGGUGAUUCUGUCUUGAGUCCAGUCACCAAGUUACCAUUUUUGAUCAUGAACUAUAUUCAAGAAUAACUAAAAUCCAAGACCAUCAGAGUAUCACAGUCAUAGAUCUGGAACAGAGGCUCUAAACACUGAAAUUACAAACUCAUUGGGUGGUAGGAGUCUGUUAUGGUGGAAAAAGGACUAUGUCGGGCAUGUGUAAAGCAACAAAAAGUAAUCCAUUAUUCAGUACAAACAAAAUUUCAGUGAUUAAGGAAGAAAGCUUUUUUUUUUAUGUAUUAUCAUAUGUAUUGGCUUUAAUGGUAGAAACAUCUCUUUGUCAGGGUAAAAUAUGUUUUUUUUUUAAUUAUUAUUUAUAAAUGGUUCCAUUAUUCCACCUUAAAAGUUGCUAAGGAGAUUGUUGAGAUUGUUUUGCCAACAAGAUUCUCCCAAUAAUACAUUUUACAAAUCUGAGCUGAAAAUGCUCUGAAAUGUCCAUGAGAUGGAAAUUCAGGAUUGUGAAGCGGAGUAUGAUGCCCCUGGAUCAGGACUCAGUCAGGACAGUGUACUUUUUUUAUUGUCCUGAUAAGACAGGAACACCUGGCUCCUCUCUAGUCUAUUCCUCAUGAAUGCCUCUUCCUCAGCCACUCCUCCUGUACAUACUGCUGAAUAAUACCAGUCAUUGAACAUUUCAGAUGACUUUGAAACCCCUGCAUGGAAUCACUGGCAUUAUUUUCACCAAAGACUUUUUCAAGAUGUGACCACACUGAUUUUUAGGUCAUAACCAACAGCAGAGCAGACAGGCAAAGAGAAAGCGACAGCUCUGCAUGCAGAAAAACAAUGAAUUGACUUGUAUAAUCAAAUAACAUGUUGUUUACUUUGUAUUUUAGCUAUGCUAUGCUGUUUGAGCUUGGAUAUGCUGGUAGUUUUUAAAAACAAAACGCUUUAUUAGCUGUGUUUGAAGCUUUAAAUGUUUGUUUUAUUUCCCUUUCGUUCAUCUUAGAUGAUCCAGUGCAUUAUGGGAAUCCUGGAUUAUGAUGCUCAGGGGUUAAAAAUGUACAAAAAAGAAGGUGAAAGAGAUUUUCCUGUUUUGCCAUUUGACAUGUAGCGUAUUUAGAAAUAAAAUCAUGCUUUUACUUCA